AUGAUCUCUCUAAUAGAUUACAAGGUAGUUGAAAAUUUCAUAAAAUGGAAUGCCUCAGAGCCAGACAGCGAGUUAUAUAUAGAAAAUGUAGAAAAAGACGAAGAAAACGCAAGUAAAUAUACAUAUCAAAUGAUAGAGGAAAAUCCGCAUUGUAAUAAUACAGUGUGCACUGAAUAUGAAGCUUUUGAGGCAGCUGUUGUUGUCUUUCUGUGUGGUUUAAUAGUUAUUACUGUUAUUGGUAACACAUUAAUUAUAUCAGCUGUUUUAACAACCAAAAGGUUGAGGACAGUCACAAACUGCUUUGUAACAAGCUUGGCGCUUGCCGAUCUUCUUGUUGGUAUUUUUGUGAUGCCGCCAGCGAUAGCGGUUCAUAUAAGAGGUGAAUGGGAGCUUGGAUGGAUCCUAUGCGACAUAUGGAUAAGUCUUGACAUUCUCCUAUGUACUGCCUCCAUCCUAUCAUUAUGUGCAAUAAGCAUAGACAGGUACUUGGCUGUGACGAGGCCACUGACGUACUCACGGCGUCGGAGAUCAAAGAAACUUGCUCUAACAAUGAUUCUGUUCGUUUGGAUUGCUGCUGGGGCUAUUACUUGCCCUCCUAUGCUUGGAUGGUAUGAACCAGACCAUAACCAAGGCGGUGUCUGUAGAUAUAACCAAAACGCAGGUUACGUCGUAUUCUCAGCCAUGGGCUCCUUCUUUUUGCCCAUGAUUGUUAUGGUAUAUGUCUAUGCCAGGAUAUCAUGUGUUGUGGCAAGACGACAUCAGCAACUGGCCAGUACAGCUAGUAAAUGUACUAAGAAAGCCAAUUUAUCCUGUAUUCGCACGGAAUCCGAUUCUGGGUCAGAUAAACUUUCUCUGCGACAAAGCGCAUCUAAACAAACUCCACAACAAAUCGAUACGCAAGAACAAAAAUGCCCUUGCUGUUUCCGAACUGAAAAGAGACAGAAAUUAAAGAAGGAGAAGGAGAAAGAAUCCAAAUUCACAGAGUUCAAGGCGAACUACAAGUAUAAGAGUGCCAGGAAUUCUAGAAGGACACAUUCGAUAAGAGAUCACGAGAACAAUAGAGUGUCGUCGUUACGAAGAGAGACGAAGACGGCUCAAACGUUAAGUCUCGUAGUGGGUGGGUUCGUGGCUUGCUGGUUGCCUUUCUUCCUCUAUUAUCUAAUGACACCAUUUAUACCAAAUAGUUAUGUAUACCCAGUCCUCAUGUGUGUAUUAACAUGGUUAGGAUGGUGUAACUCAGCUAUUAAUCCAUUUAUUUAUGCAUUCUAUUCACCGGAUUUUAGAUUAGCGUUUUGGAGGUUGACUAUACGAAAAUGUAAGAGGAAUAAACGUUAAUACACAUAGUUUUGUAAAU